AUGCUGGGUGGGCAUUCGCACCCUGGUGUUGCGAAAUGGAAGGCGGUACUGGACAUGUACAAGCGCCGCCAUCUGGGAUGGGCCAGCGCGGCCCGAUUGUUGAUCCAGAACGCCAGCUAUGAGAUUCCUGCCUUGAAGAAGCAGGCAGCUGCAUGCGAGCGGCAGGUGGCUGACUGUACGGCACGGCAGGCCGAUCUUGAUCGCCAGGAGGCGAACGCACGGACGAGGUAUCGCGAGCUUCUGGCAGAGAUGGGGAUCGAAGGCAUCGACAUCCGCAACGAGCUGACUGCACACUCUGCUCAGGAGCUUCCAAAGUUGGCGCUGGAGAUGUUCGAAAUCCUUCGCGAUGUUGGCGAGGAUCUGCACAGCUACUACCGGGCCUUCGGUGGCCACGUGGCGGGUAGGCCAGCCACGGAUGUCGAGGUUCUCCCGUUCCUCCUGGCCGUGGCAACGUCGUCUGAGGUCAAUGUCGAGGACCUAGAAGAGAAGGUGCCCGAGUUCCGCACUGCCAGGGUUGAUGCCGAGAGUAGGAAAGCGCGGCGCCCACAGCCCGUGGUUGCUGAGCCUGUAGCAGCAGGAGCCAGCGCCACAAUAGAUUGGGGCAUCACCAUGGCGAGUGAGGGUGCUGCUGACGCCGGUUCUGGUGGCAUCAACUGGGAGGUCGAUGAUGCCAAAGAGGCGCCGGCGAUCUCGACGACCGAGACAGGUGCCCAAGGCGGCAUCGAUUGGUCUGCAAUCUCCUUCGAUGGCCUGGAGGUGUCUGCCGAGAAGGAUCCGGAAGAUGUCGCGGCUUCUCAGGGCCCCGGGCUUCUCCUAGCCGACCAUGCAGCACGUGAGCUCUUGAUGCGAGAGGUGGCGGAGGCAGUAGCAUUCCUCGUCGAGCGCUGUGCUGACCUCGCGGCCGGGGGUGCGGGAAGCGAGGAGUACGGCCCUCGGGAGGAGCAGCGAUCGCUGGCAGAGGUGGAAGGCUUCCGCGACAAGAUUAACAAGGUGGAGGGCAUCCUCACCUCUCGCCGAACGCAGCGAUUGGUUCUACUCCACAGCUCCAAGAGCUAUCUGGAGCGGGCCGCGCGGAGGAUAGAGGUCGCCAAGCAACAGUGCGGCAAGCCCGGUCAGCGCAAGGCCGAGCUGGAGAAGGUCAAGGCUGAACAGCUGGCGGAAGCAAAGCGGGCCAGGGCCGAGAUCGACAAGCUAAAGUCCGCCACUGUGGCGGCGAAAGAAGACUUGGAGGGGGAGCUUUCCGCCCACUUCAAGUCGACAGUCCGCAUCGUCGGUGAGAUCUUGCAGAUCUGA